AUGGUGGCAGGUAUUCGAUGUACCAUAUUCCUUCCCUUUCACCCAGCAAAACGCGUUUUUUUACUGCUGAUUUUAAUAGCAGACUGCUUCGAGGGGAUCGGCUGUCUCGUACUCACGCAUCGUGAAGGAGAGGCUCGCACUGACAUUGGUGAAAAGAACUCACCGGACCGUCUCUCCCCCAUGCUGUCAACGAAUGGACCGGAUAGGAACAAUUUCUAUGUGCGUUAGUUUAUGGUUUUGUUUUGACAGAGAGUAACGUUUCACAUGCUCAAUUAUUGAUAGGAAAACUAUAUAAAUAGGGAAACAUUAUCAACUGCUGACCAAUCAUUUUUCUUUUGAUUUCAGCUCAGUUAUACGGGGAACUGAAGUUAGCGAAGACGCC